AUGUCGGAUGAAGACGCGGGAGGCGGCGUGUAUGCUGAGGGAGACGACAUGGGGCAGACGCUGACUUACUUUAAGAAGAAGGACACGGCGUUUGUCUCUUUCGAGGACCUCGCCGAUGACAUACGGCGCGCAAAAUAUGUCGUGGCGCUCACUGGCGCAGGUGCCUCUGCGGAGAGCGGCAUCCCUACAUUUCGCGAUCCUUCUGACGGUUUGUGGAAGAAGUACGACCCUGCGGUGUACGCGACCAUUUGGGGCUUCUGGAGACAUCCGGAGAAGAUUUGGGAGCUUCUGCACGAUUUCAUGCUGACAAACGACCCCCAGCCCAACCGUGCCCAUGUCGCGCUCACAGAUCUGCAAAAACUGGGCUACCUGAAAGCCAUCGUCACGCAGAACGUUGACAAUCUGCACCAAGAUUCUGGAUCCACAAACGUCAUCGAGUACCACGGCAGUCUCCUCUCGGCGACAUGCACACGUUGCAAAAAGAAGCUGCCUCUUUGCAAGUCGAUGCUCCAGGAUGAAAGCUUCAUGAAGGUCCUGCCCCCAAAGUGCUCAUGCGGAGGCAUUUUCAAGCCCGACGCCAUUCUGUUUGGAGAAGGCAUCCCCAGUCAGGCCGUGCGCGACGCGAAUCGAGAGGUUGACAAAUGCGAUCUUCUUCUCGUUGUGGGCACGAGUGCCUCUGUAAGCCCGGCCUCGGAUCUGCCGUACCGCGCCAUGCGUGGAGGCGCCAAAGUCGUCGAGGUCAACUUGGAGACAACCGGACUCACAAACCGCAUCAGCGACAAGUUUAUUCGCGGCCCGGCAAGCCAGUUGAGUCGAACUGUAGCGGCUCUGAACGAAGGUCGAAGCACGGUCACUCGAAGCUUCAAGCAGUCAAGCAUCUAG